AUGUUUUAUAUAAUUUUAUCUCUUUUUGUUUUAUUUGUUUCAUGUUAUGGUGCAGAGUCCUCUGCUACCAUUAACAAUUACUAUUACAAGUUGUCAUAUAGAAACAUUCAAUGUAUCACCGUCCCAUGUCCACAAUAUGAAGUUCAAAAAAUAAAUACCAAUAAUGGUGCAAUAGUUGUUGAAAAUAUAGUUUUCCCAAAUGGUUUAGAACAAAAUUUCUUAACUUUAUCAGAAGCUGAUACUGUUAUUUUCUAUGGUUCUUUAAUUGCAAAUAGAAAUGGAUAUAACAUGAAUGAUUUUAAAGUUGUCAAAGCUUAUAAACGUUUACCACAACCAAAUGUAUCCACUUCAACUGACAAGUAUUAUAUGAUUGGUGAUAAUGGAGUUAGAUGUAUCACCACACCAUGUUUUUCAAUAGAUGCAGCUUUAUUGAAUACUGCCACUUCAACAGCAGUUCAAGAUAUAUAUGAACCUUAUUCUACCAAUGUUAAUCUUUUUGAUGGUAGUUGGUUAUCAGCUAAACUAUUCAAUGAUGAAACACAAAGAUAUAUUGGUUUGGGUUCAAUCGACUCUACUGGAAAAAUUGUUCUUUCAUCAGUUUAUGUUCGUUUACCAGAUCCAUCGAAACCAUGCCCAUCCUUUCCUCUUCUUAAAUGUGCUGAUGGUUUUACUACUGUCUAUGAAAGGGACUUAAACAGAUGUCUUACCAACCCAACCUGUACCACCCAAUCCGGUGCAUGUGCUUUAUAUGUUCCAACAUGUCCAACUGGCUACAGAUUAGCAUCAUAUCCAGGUGGUAACUUUGGAUGUCCAGUUUACAAUUGUGACUCUAUUUAUAUCUCUGAAACAUAUUAA